ACUGGUUUCUCAGAACACACACUCCCACGCACGCACACAAUCACAAACGUUCGAAACUAGCAACCCGUUGGAGUUACAAGGUUGUUUGAAGACACUCGACAAAACUCGGUGAAUUUCUACCACCGCCGAAAGAAACCAAGUACAAAUCGCAACCAUGGCGAAAGGAUGCGUCACCGUCAUCAAGUACUUUCUAUUUCUCUUCAACCUCAUCUUCUUUGUCUUUGGGGCGUUGAUCAUGGGCUUUGGACUGUGGGUUCUCUUUGAUAACCAGAGUUUCAUUGCUGUUCUACAAGAAUCGUCCGACACGGUGAAAGUGGCUUCCUACAUCCUCAUCGGAGUGGGUUCCUUAUCAAUGGCCAUGGGCUUCUUUGGCUGCAUUGGAGCCAUCUACGAAAUUCGUUGUCUCCUUGGUCUGUACUUCACCUGCCUUCUGCUCAUCCUUAUCGCCCAAGUGACUGCUGGAGUUCUCAUCUACUUCCAAAGAGAUCGGCUGAAACAUGAAAUGUCCAACAUCAUAAAAGGCAUGAUCGUCCACUACACCGGCCAGAAUAAAACCACAGAGCACACUUGGGACUACAUCCAGAGGACGAUGAAGUGCUGUGGGUGGACAGGUCCUGGCAACUGGUCUGACAACAUGCUCAUCAAGAACAGCUCCCAGUACCUCUAUUCGUGUUCCUGUCGCAAUGAGUCCUUGCCUGGCACUGACAUCAAGGUCGAGGGCCUGUGUGAGCACCUCUCCUCAGAACUUCCCAUCUACGAAACGCGCAAGAACAUGACUGGCGACGAGUCGACAUCACGCUCUCAACGUCAUUGUGGACUGCCUUGUCCUCCCAAUAGGCUUCUUCCAGCACAAGAAAAAGCCUGGAAUCAUACUGAGUGGAGGGGGGAAAAAAAUCUCAUUACAGUAAGUUCAAACACCAUCCGAGUCCGCCCCCCACUGCUCUAUUCUUCUUGAAAAAAAUCCUUGAUUUGAAAAUUAGAAACAUUGGUAUAUGUUCAUUUUUAAAUUUGACUCGUUCAUGAGAUGUUUUACCUUAACUAUAUAUAUAUAUAUAUAUAUAUAUAUAUGUGUGUGUGUGUGUGUGUGUGUGUGUGUUGAUUGAAGACUCUAAAUUGCCCUUAGGUGUGAAUGUGUGCGCGAAUGGUUGUUUGUUUCUAUGGGCCCUGCGAUUGGCUGGCGACCAGUUCAGGGUGUACCCCGCCUCUCGCCCGAAGAUGACCGGGAUAGGCUCCAGCACGCCCUUGUGAGGAUAGAGCGGUACGGAAAAUACUUAUACUUCAUAUACUUCUGCUGUGUCAAGAAUAGCAUUUUGUGUCAAACAAUGUUUUCUUAUAACGCUGCUGAUCAUCUGACAAAAAAAGUGGUGACUGGAAGAAGAAGAGGAAUGCUGUUCCUGACACAGCAGGGAAUGAAUGAAUGAACAGUGACUAAAAGUGUCCCGGGGUGCAUUAUGAUCAUACCCAAGUUUAUUUCUUUUAUUUCUUUUUACUGUAAUGCCACAGCUUUCUUACUCAGGUCAGUUCCAAAUGUCCUGUGGCAUCUUAUUACUUGAAUCAACUUUCUCAGCCAACUCCUGCAAGGAUACCACCACUACCUUAGCAACAGCAUGAUAUAUAUAUAUACACAUAUACACACACACACACAGUAUAUGUAUAUCUGUGUGUGUGUGUGUGUGUGUGUGUGCAUUUAAAGGUGACAGGCACUGCAGGGUGCAGCUGCUGAUGCUACACAGUUAUCAUUUUUCUCAUUACUGUUACUGUGUGGUGUGAGCUCUAUUGGGUCGAAGAGAAACCAUCAGGAACUCCCAUGCGUGCGUGCACUCUGUGGCCAAUAAUGAAAGUAUGCCUGGUGAUACCUGUCUAAUAUUCUGACAAGAAAAUUGAGCAAAUAAUCUGAGGAGUUUUGUCUCAAGACACGAAUACGAGCAAACAUAAUUCAAAGGGAUUCAAAACUCAUUUCACUUUCAUGUGCUGCUACAACCCGUUUGCACAAGCACAGAAGCGCUGCCAAACUCACGCUGACGAGCACACAAGGAAAGGAAUACCUCGAAAUCGGGAGCCGAGACAAAACACAGCGCAAUGUUGGUCUCCGUCCGUUUUUCAUGAUCUCAAACUCCAGGAACACCUUGAUAUGUUUGUUGAAAUUGACAGACAUGAAUGCUCCACAAGAGACAAGGAACCUAUUCACAGUCAAAUGAUAAAUGUUAGAGAUUGUCUGUAAAGUCAAUCUAUUUUAUCAACAACACCCAGAAACCUCUCUGGGCCCGAGCUCAUCUAAGAUGGACUGAUGCAAAGUGGAAAUGUGUUCUGUGGUCCGACGAGUCCACAUUUCAAAUUGUUUUUGGAAAUUGUGGACGCGGUGUCCUCCGGGCCAAAGAGGAAAAGAACCAUCCGGAGUGUUAUGGACGCAAAGUUCAAAAGCCAGCAUCUGUGAUGGUAUGUUAGUGCCAAUGGCAUGGGUAACUUACACAUCUGUGAAGGCACCAUUAAUCUUGAAAGGUACAGACAAGUUUCGGAGAAACAUAUGCUGCCAUCCAAGCAACGUCUUUUUCAUGGACACCACUGCUUAUUUCAGCAAGACAAAGGUGAGUUUUAAGCAUUACAUAUUACUCUUAUUUUGCCUCGGCGGGGCUCGGCCGUGCCACCGCCCCUCUGCCCUUUCUUUGUCUUUUGUCAACACGUGCGCGAACGCUUGCCUCAACUUAGCCGGCGGCGUUUUCGAUCGAGGUAGCCAGCCAUGCGGCGUCGAUUGUUUUUUUUUCCUAGCCGUGAUCGGUCGGCGGAGCCUCAGCAAGUGACUAACUGUAUCCCGUACUGGUGAUACACGCAGCUGGGAACAAGAGCUGGGCUCGCCACAAGGUCAACCGGCAGGAAAGCUACGAGCGCACCCUGAGGGGACGACAAUUUUUCUUCUUCCGCCUCCUUUGUUUUUGUUUUAUUCUUCUCCACGUUUUCCUACAACUAAACCUGCUUCCUUUUCCUCCUGAGAAGGCGCCAGCUCAAUGGAUAGCCUGGAAACGUUGCCACAUUCAUCAUGGCCGCUACGAAGGCUGGUAUCUGUUGGCUGGAUCUAGUCAUAUUGUAUGUCUGUGACCUGGAAAAUACAUAUUAUCCCGUCUCUUCCAUUCUGGAAGUAACAAACUUUGUCAACGCUGGUUUAAAUGACAACUGGAAACUAUUUUUGGACAAAUUGUUCGGUCCUGACGGUCUGUUUUUUCCGAUAUCCGUGAUGUUGGGCUGCGUUAUAUUGAGGUUUCACUGUAUGUUUUUGUUCGACACCAUCACCUACAAACAGAGAACAAGCUAAAGACGGUUACCUUGGUCACAUUAUUUCUUAAGUGAGUGACUUUUAAUCAAUAGCUGAUGACCCUUGCUUUAGUGUUGGAGGUCUUGGUGGCUAGUCAUUGACAUUCUGUGAUGGAUUGGAAUGGUCUAUCUUGAGAAGCAGAAGCAUUCUUGUGUCAUCAUGUGGAGCAAAGAACAAGGCGCAUGAGGAGGUCAAGAUGAACAAUGUGAUAGUGGAGUGUUCUGCCCGCAAUCAGCCUGUGUUCGUCGCAACGCAAGAGUGCUGCAAUUGCCGUCGGUGGCGUUAAAAGAAGAAGAAAAAGAUUUUUAUCCUCAUGACAUUUAGUCUUUGUACACGUGGUGCGAUUCUUUGGGUUUGCCCUGUUCAUGGGCACCACAGCCCACUUUUGAAGACAAAGUGUGACAAUGUGCUUCAUGAAAGGGACAAUUACUGUCCGGCAUUUCCUCUGUCACUGAAACAAUGUCAUAUAUCACGCUGUUUUGAAAUCAAGGGAGGCCACUGUCUGUUGACAGCAGUCAAUCAAAAGGGAAAUUUCGAGAUGAUAAGAAGUGUUUAUUUCAUUAAUUACUUUCAAUUGAUAUUUUCUCAUCAACCACCAGUUCUACACAAUUGUAUUGUUAUUUAAACACAAAACAAACUGAGUUAAAGGACAUAUGGAAAAUUGACAUGUAAUGGCUUGUAUACAAAUAUUUGGAGCUCUGAAAUACUCUCUCUGAAAUUGAAAAAAAACAAGUAAAGGUUUUGCCAUCUGGCUGUUUCUAAAAAAAUUUGUCUUUGAGCAAGCCAUUAAGCAUUUUUUGUCUGGAAUAUUGGGGAUAAUUUUCAUUAUAACCACCCUCAAACCUAACCAAAUUUUUUCCGUACAUGACAAAAUCAGCUCGCGGUGUCUGCGUCAGUGCACGGGUCAUUUGUGAGGUCAUUAGGUUAGCACACGGAGACAUAUUUUUCCAAUUACUAGACACACAUGCACACACAUUAUGAUACAGGUAUGCUACGACGGGCAUUGUUAGGUAAGUUAAACACGUGGCUUAGCUUUAGAAGAGUUUAGGAGGCGAGUGUGGCAAGUAUGCGACAGACUCCUUCCAAUCGCUUGUGCAUUUUCGGGUUACGUUCCUCAAACACCAGCUGAAACAAUUGCGUCUUUUACUUUAUGCAGUAUUGUGCACAUCCCCCACGGGGGCGACGCCCCUGCUAUUGUGUCAAGCCAAAAGGUAAGCAGAGCUCCAAUGAGCAGCAUAUACUUGUUUGCUUGAGGUGUAUAUUAACUGCUGCCUCCAUGAGCGAAAAUGUUGUCACGGUCGUCAUGAUAACUGAAAGUAUUGAACCAUGAUUACAUUUUCAUUACUUUUCUAAAUUAUAAAUAAAUGCAUCAACAGGCCCCUUGGAUGUUUCUUCUUAAAAAAGUGGAUUAGAAAUAUGGAUCGUUCUUUUGGAAUUGACCACAUAUUUGUUCUUUGCACAAAAAAUAAACUGAUAACAAAACAAAAUGUAAAAAAUGUGUUUGUUGCAUAUAUAUAUAUAUAUAUAUAUAUGCACACAUACAUACAUGAGUACAACAUGCGGAAAACAUGAUACCAUGUUGACCUAAUGGCCUAAUGUGCGCAAUUUAGACAAUAUUGCUUCAUAUGACAACCCAGAUAAGUGAAUGUGUUGUGAGUCAUUUUUGCUUCUUUUAUUUUGACAUCCAUCGUUGCUGUCCUGUUUCCUGUGUUGCCUCUCCUUUUGUUCCAGGGCUGGGCAUGGCCAGGUGUGCUGAGCUCCUGACACAGCUGUCCCCCAUUCCUCCUCACCCUCUGUAUUUAACCUCCUCGCUAGAACGUCCUCGUUACUUGCGUGGUCAGUUUUGCCUUCGAUUUUCCGUUGCUUGAAUUGCUUGCUUCAAGUUUUAUUACCUCCCUUAGUUGAACUUUUGGUCUGGCUCCAAGUACUAAGUAGUAGUGAUUUACAGUGCAUUACUUUGGACUUUGGAGAAUUUUUUCCCCCUGGCUUUUUCCCAGUGACUUUUGUUUGGACUGAUUGCUUUUCUUGUUCUU